AUGAUGCUGUGUCUCUGCUUCUGUGCACUGGCUCUCAUCCUGCAACCGGUUCACUCUGCCUAUAACUGCUCCUUGGAGUAUAACAGGGUUCCAGACAACAAUGAUCUGGUGGUAGACUGUGGCACCAACAUGAUCACUCUGGAGAGCACAGAUUUUAAUAGCCAAUUGGUGGUUCCGCUUACUGGAUUAGAACUGCGCACUAAAGUCUAUGUUGAAGUUAAAGCUGCCAAUCUCACUGGAAAUUUUCAUCUCUUGCUGGACCACUGUUUUGCGACCCCAUCACCAUAUAAUCACACCAACUACAAACAGCACAAUUUUUUCACAGGAUGCUUUGUAGAGAACCGGACAACGAUGCUUUAUAAUGGCCGUUCCAAGUUUUCUAGAUUUUCAUUUGAAGCCUUCCGCUUCGUGGAGCACCGUAAUCAAGAAAUGUCUACUAUAUACCUGCACUGCAUACUGCGACUUUGCGAACCAAACAAGUGCCAAGAACUUCUUGAUUCUUGCAGCUCUACCAGAACACGAAGGCGAAGGGCCCUAGAACCUUACGGAUCACAAGCCAAAGAUUCUGCCACAGUGUCCGUGGGUCCUCUGCACACCGCAGCCCUGAAGAAUGAAGUUUCUUCUGCAAUGGCUUCUGGAGGCAGUGAGCUGUUAAACAGGGACAAUAUGAACGUGGCUGGAGUGGUGGUGGGGGUCAUUUUUGCCACCGGCAGUGCUGUGUUGCUGGUUAUGACUGGAUGGUUUGUGCUGAAGAAGUUUUGCUGGGCUGGUGCUCUGCCUCGGGCUUUCCACUAAGAGAUCCAUCAACUCGCCAUCUGUUUUGCGUUGAAUGAAGCUUAAUUUGAUAUGCCGAUAAGACGUCUGAUCACAUCACAGCAUCUGCACAAACCAGCAA